AUGGAAAUUUCUAGUGAAGAGGAACGUGAGAAAUGGGUAAAUGAAGAAUUAGAUAAUGUCACGAGAUAUACCAAUGAAAUAAAAGCAUUUCAUGAAGAAGAUGAAAGGGAAAAACUUUACAUCGAACACAUCAAAUUGGUACAAACUCAAGAUCGUACAAAUGCAGUAAUUGGAAGAGUCAAAGAAAUGUCUGAAGAGUUGGAUGAAGAAGGAAAUCCAAAAUAUGAAGAGGAGAGACUUCGAAGUUGUGUAUCAUUUAGAAAUGCAUUGAAGUAUAAAAGACCAUUUACAGAAAGAGCUUGGAAUCGCCUAAAGAAAAAGUUGAUUAAAGAAUAUGGACAAGAUGACGAGAAGGUUGAAAUACUAUGGGUGAAGGAUUUUUUAGAUAGCGGUGAUGCGUUUGAUAAUAAAAUGUCCGUUAGAAAUACUAAAAGUGCCAGACAACAAUUUAGAUUAAUUGAUUUUAGGAUGGGAAACGAAAUGAUUAUUAUAGACGACAACGACAAUGGUGACACAGAUGAUGAGGGUUUAGAAUCGGAUCCUUUAAUAUUGCAUACGGUAAAUUCCAUAGUCGAUUUAUCAAGAUAUAGGCUUAAUGUUAUAGCAAAUAAUCUUGCACAUUUAUUAGAGACUAUAUCAAAGACAACAUUACCGAAUGCUAGUGAAGAAAACAUUCCAAUUGAUAUUUUACAAUCUCAAUUAUUCAUUAUUAAAAUACUUUCAGCAUGUGUAAUAAAUCAUUGGACAUUUGUUCGAGGAACAAAUCAUUCAUCUGAGCCAUUAGUAAAACAAAUACAAUCAGAAACUACACAAACACAUUUGGAUUCCAAAUCUAAUCAUAAUGAUCAUAAUUUCACAAAUGGUCAUAGAGUAUUUAUAUUACCAAAAUCAUUUGAUGAUCCUCCUCCUUUAGAUGAUUCUCUUGCAAAAUAUAUUUUAAGUGUUUUAUCAAGGUUUCUUAGACAAAUGGCUAAUUUAGAAGAUAAUACUAAUAGUGAUAGGCAAACUUCAAUUAUAAAUGCUCAAGAUCAGGCUUCAAUAAAUUUAUUUGCAAAUUUAAAUUCAAGUUCAUCCAAUAUAUUUGAAAUUAUUACAGAUAUUUAUAGGAAUGCUGGUCAUGUCAUUUUUUACAUAAGUGCCUCAAAUUGGAAUGUUGUGUUUUCAAGAAUUAAGAACAGAAUAGGUUAUUUGACAUCUACAAAUGAUGAGCGACCAGAGACUGCGGAAUUAAAGUUUUUGGAAUGCUCUGAUUUAAAUUCAAAAAGAUUGUCAAUAGUUAUACAAGCUAUGUGGUUCAUUUCUUAA